CGGGGAGAAACUCAAACAGAAGGUGGGACAAUUUGUUAUGAGAUUGUUGUUCAUUGAAAGUGACGGACAUUUAAUACAAAUGACUUGAUAGUAGUGGUGAAAAACAGUGCUUUGCUUUCCGGUAGGAUCAAAAUGUAUGACCGUAUGUUCGAUAAUUAAAGAUAAUAUAUUUUGUGGGCUGGUUCUACGUGGGAAGAGGCCUUGUAGUCGUAGGGACUUCUACAAGAAUUUCGGGAAAAUUACAGUAAAACUGGAAUCACCAUUGCAUGUGCUUGGAGGAGUAACAACUUGCAUUAAGAAACAUUAAGAAAAUUAGUCAGUCAUGGCAUCGAACACUACCUUUAAAUAUUGCCCAACCGGGGAACUAACUUCGGAUGAACUUUUCAAAGAUAUAGGCCAGAGCGCUGCGGCCAUCGUCGCCAUCUUCUUCAUGACUGCAGUGUCGAUUCUAACCGUGGUCCUUUUUAUAGAAUCCGUCAUGAAUGUCAACAAGAAGAUCCCUAACAGUAGACGAAGGGUCCGUCUCACAGUCCUGAUGGGGAUAUAUCCAGUAAUGUCAGUCACCUCGCUGUUUUCCUUGUACGUUCCAUCAGCACAUCUACUUAAUACGCUUCUUGCAUCGAUGUAUUUCUCAGUUGCUCUGUUCCAAUUCCUCAUGCUCAUCAUCGAUUACUACGGAGGCAAACACGCUGUGGUGGAGAAACUGAAAGAUCAGAAACUAUCACUGGCUGGCCCUCCUCUAACCUGUUGCUGCCCCUGCUGCUUACCCAAGAUCACCAUCACAGCGAAGAAUCUCCGUAGACUGAGACGGCUAGUGAUGCAGGUGGCCUUCGUACGACCUUUGACCUUUUUCAUCUCCUUGGUGUUAUGGACUGAUGGGAAAUACAAACACGGGGAGAUCGCCUUGAACGAGCCAUACAUCUACCUGACCACCAUCUCAAUUACCUCUGGUCUAUUCGCACUCUACGGUAUCAUCCUCUUCCUGACUGCCUCGCUGGAACCCCUCAAAUCUUACCGCAUCAAACCCAAGUUUUUCAUAGUGCAGAUGGUGCUGAUCCUCAUCAGCACGCAGAACCUUGUCCUGGCAGUACUCGCUGAUAUCGGUGUCAUACCGUGUGUACCUCCCUUCAAUUCAGACUCAAGGGCAAACUAUAUUGGCGACAUGCUGGUCGUAGUGGAGAUGCUGUUCUUUGGCGUGCUCAGCCGAAUGUACUUCCGAGGUCGCUUCGGAAACAUGGACAUCGUAGACGAGAGCGCCCCCGUCGGUGGACGACUGGCCAUGUUUGGGCAGUAUUCUGUCGUUACUAUGGAAACAGAAGGACAGAAAGGCACCGAAAUGCAGAAGACACCACCGGAGAAUGAAAGUGAUUCCAGUCGUAAUAACAAUGGACUUAUCAAAGAAAAGGAGAUGAAUGAGCUGAACCACAAGACUGCCAGUGAAGUGUAGAUGUAUGACAC